GACGAGAGGGUAGCAACAGUUGCCCCGGUGAAGGCAAGGCGCCAUAGUCACGGUAGUCCUGGCGACAAGAACCAAGCAACGGGAGUCAACAAUAACAACCUAAAUCCAAGGGAAAAAAAACCUGAACGACCAAAAAAGGACAAUACUGGGAUAAACUAGAGAACUAGUCUCCCAAAGCAUUGGUUGCCAUGGCAACUUCUGGAUACUCUGAGGACCUUCAGCCUCAGCAGGCCAACACAGUAACCAUAGCAACACCUGCUGCCACCACACCCUCGGCAGCAAAGACAGCACACUUCCUGUCUGAGAUCCCACCAACCUCUGGAACCAUUGCAUCAGCUAACCAAUCAGCCACUGCCUCAAAAACAGGACAGGAUGCACUUUGUUCUCAAGCGCCGCCCACCCAGGCCCAGAGCCAGAAGGCAGUGGUUCUGACCACUCCCACGCAGCACUAUGUAACCCCUGAAAUCCAGCACUCUGCGGUCCAGAAGAGUAAUGGUCAGGGCAGUUCACCUCAGUACAUCAUCGUAACUGUUACAGAGGGCUCUGUUCAUUCCAAUGACAGCCUGUCAGACUCCAGUCCACCUGCCCCUGGUGUUCCUACUCAGGUGGUCCAACCAGUGCAGACCACCCAGCAGCAGAGGUCAGUGUUGCAAGCGGUGUCGCAGGCAGCCAAGAGGAUUCAGGCUGGCCACAUCAACAACCUCCAAUCUGUGCACAUAAACCAGGAGGUGGAGCACGUGUACUCUGGCCAGGUGUAUGUGGAUGCAGGAGGAGGAGAUGCAACUUUUACCACAUCCACCAUUCGAUCGAGCACCUUCCCCUUUUCCGACUCGCCCCUCUACUCCCAGACCCCUCCUACUUCCUCCUCCACCUACUACGAGGCCACAGCCAGCUCUGAGUCGGACAUCCCCGGCUCGGUGACUUCGCAGCCGGUUUCUGUGGCAACAGUGGGAGCCAAUAGCGGGGGAGCUACUGCGGGUGGAGGAGGCUACGUCAUUCAGGGAGGUUAUGUGUUAGGAGGCGGAGCUAGUGGAGGAACAGGUGGAGGAGGAGGACAGAGUUACUCCAGCCCUAACUCUCGUGCCCCACCUGCCACUGUGCAGUGGCUGUGUGAGAACUAUGAGGGGGCAGAGGGGGUGAGUUUACCCCGCUGUACCCUCUACUACCACUACUUGCUGCACUGCCAGGAGCAGAAACUAGAACCUGUUAAUGCUGCAUCAUUCGGCAAGCUCAUUAGGUCUGUCUUCAUGGGGCUACGUACACGGAGAUUAGGGACCAGAGGGAACUCUAAAUACCACUACUAUGGUCUAAGGAUCAAAUCUGGCUCGCCUCUGCUCAGACUGAUGGAUGAACAACAGCACAUGGCAAUGAGGCAGCAGCCUUUCUCACAGAAAAACAGGAUAAAGCCAGUUCAGAAGACACAGGGGAUCACCAAUGGGACAUCAGGUGGUUUGGGUCAACAGCAGGGGACGACACUCUGUGAUAUAUCGGCACAGGUGCAACAGUAUCAGCAGUUUCUGGAGGCUUCAAGGCCGCUGCCAGACUUUGUGGAGAUUGAUCUGCAAGGUCAAACCCUGCCUGAUGGGAUCCUUUUAGAACACCUCAAGGCCUUUCAGACUCUCUACAGAGAACACUGUGAGGCCAUUCUGGACGUGAUGGUCAACCUUCAGUUCACUCUUGUGGAGACACUUUGGAAAUCCUUCUGGAGGUUCAGCCAGAGCAGUGAUGCAGAAUCACUCGACCUGAACAAUGAGUCUGAGAAGCGUCUGCCAAAAUCGUGCCUGGUGGUGCUGUGCAAGUACGACCCCGUGCUGAGCUGGACGAAAGAGUGCGACAACCUGCUCUACCAGACUCUGGUGGAGAUGCUCAUCCCUGAUGUACUGAGACCCAUCCCUAGUGCCUUAACUCAGGCCAUCCGUAACUUUGCCAAGAGUCUGGAGAACUGGUUGACAGGGGCCAUGAUGAACAUCCCGGAGGAGAUGGUUCGCGUAAAGGUGGUGUGUGUAGGCUCCUUCUCUCAGACGUUGCGCCGCUACACCAGCCUGAACCACCUGGCCCAGGCGGCCCGCGCUGUCCUCCAGAACUCAGCCCAGAUCAACCAGAUGCUUUCAGACCUCAACCGUGUUGAUUUCACUAAUGUACAGGAGCAGGCAUCCUGGGUGUGUCAGUGUGAAGACCGUGUAGUACAGCGUCUGGAGCAAGACUUUAAGAUGACUCUGCAGCAGCAAAACUCUCUGGAGCAGUGGGCAACCUGGCUGGAUGGUGUUGUCUCUCAGGCUCUAAAGCCCUACGAGCACAACCCUGUCGCCCUACCAAAGGCUGCCAAGGUCUUCCUGCUCAACUGGUCCUUCUAUAGUUCUAUGGUAAUCCGGGACCUGACUCUGCGCAGUGCUGCCAGUUUUGGCUCCUUUCACCUGAUCCGCUUGCUGUAUGAUGAGUAUAUGUACUACCUGAUAGAACACAGGGUAGCCCAGGCUAAAGGAGUGACACCCAUUGCAGUCAUGGGAGAAUUUGCCAGCACCAUCAAGAGCCGAAUCUCUCCGGACCUGGAGAAAGAAGAAGAAGAGGAGGAUGAGGAAGAUGAGAGCGAGGACGAGACUGGAGAUCUGGUGCUGCAGUCCAGCUCCCUGAGUGCAGUAGAUGAUGAGAAGGAGCCGAUGGAGCCGCCCACCAAGCUGCCCAGGACGAGUUUAAAUCUGCACACUCUGACCGAGACCCACAGCACACCACCUUAGUCACACACACACACACACACACACACACACACACACACACACUCACCUUUGCUUUAAGUUUAACAUCAUGUCAUCCCAUUCUGUCAUCCAGUGUAUGUUUCUGGUGUGCAAACACGUGACGUUUGGUGUUGAGUGUGUGGUCGUAUGUUGUGUGUGUGGGUGUGGGAGUGUGUGUGUGUGCGCGCAAGCAUGUAGGAAAGUUGGAGACCCCUUUGCCAAUUUUGUAUUCUGUACUUCUGUGCUGCCAAUCUUUUUCUCUUUGCCUUCAACUGCUCAUUUUCAGCCCUUCCCUCGUUUCCUGUGCCUUCCCUGUCUAUCCAGUGGCUAGACGUCAGUAGCCACUGCUGUCCAGCCUACGGUAUACUGUAUACAGUAAACACACAGUAUAUUCUUGAUUCCCUCCUGCCCCGCCUUAACCACUGACCUCAUUGCUGUGGUGAGAUAAGACUCCAGUGUUCUUCAUUGUACUCUAUACUCAAACUAUCACUCACCUUGCCUUUUGAAGCAAUGACUAUGCAGGGGAGCUGGACUUUAAUGAAUGGCACCGUCUGAAAUUUACAUUUUUAAACCUCACAGUAGCAUCUGGAAUGAUACUGCAAACCAUGGAUUUUGUUGGCACAUGGAUGUUGAUUGACAGCUAUGUGGAUGCCAUAUUUUACUUUUUAAUGUAUUUUCCUUAUUAAUUCGGCCAAUUAACUGAUACCCUGUGCCUUUGAGAGAUUUCUAGCCUGAAAAAAAGCUUGUAUUCUAUAUAUUCUGUAUCAGUGGAUUAAUAAAUGAAGGUCCUGUGAAGUAGUGUUGGUGUUGUCAUGAACUUUUAAUAGCUGUGAAAAAACAAACAAAUCUGAGAUGGUGACAGUCAAACCUUGUGAUGAUUCUGACCAGUUUGAUGUUCCUCAUCCAUCCACCGUUUUAUCUAUUCAUCAUCCAUCCGUUCUUUCAAGCUCAUAAUCUCUCUUCUAAACACACACACAAAAACACACACAUACACACGAACUGGACAGACGGCUCAAAGUGCUACCCCACCACACACACCUUGAUAGAUGCAGUGCAACCUGAACGGGCCACAGGACAAGGCCAAAGCUUAUCCCACCCAAUCAAGCAGCACUUACUACACUGUAUCCAUGGCAUACUAUGUACCAGCUACAGCUAUCUCAAAGUUUUUGUAGUGUGAAAGUAGAUGUUUAUUUUCUGGGUAUCAAUGUUGAACAUUUUGUAGAUAACCUAUAUUAUGUACCUUUUGUGGACACUGUCAUAUAUCCAAACUAUUUGUAUGUCGUUUAACCAUUAUUGCCUUAACAAUGUUGUGGUGUGUCCACCAUCCAGAUUAUUGAGCUAUAUUUUUGUGAUGAUGGUGAUGAUGGACCAAGCAUGUGAAUAUGGUGACUUUAUAGAUGAACCCUCUCCAAAGAGCAUAUGCUCAACCAGCAGCCUCUCACAUGGCAUGAGCAGAUUUUGAUUUUAUUAAGUGUGUUGUACUUUGGGACUGAAAGGAAAACAAUAGAAAUUCUAAUAGUACUAGUGGGAUGUCCCUCAGGAUGGAAUGACCCCCCAGAGAUCCCACCAAAGAGCACUAAAUAGAAAACAAGGGUAUAUUUACAUGUGUUAAUAUUGUGAGAGCAGACUACAGAAUCUGACUUGAAAAUAAAAUCAACUGCUAACUGCGAUGUCCUUAGCUUGUGCUGCUGAACCUUUUAUAAAUGAGGUCCUCUUUAUGUUAUUCUGAAGACCUUUGUACUUGGAUCUGUGAUCAACGUUUGUAGCUUUAUUCUCACUGUAAACUAAAAUGAUGUGUUUGCUCUCAAAA